AUACAUACCAUAGAUUUUGCGCCGCCAUCAGUUCCGGCCCCAAUGGUCGCUUUGAGCAUGUCUUUAUGGUCGAUCAGGACGAAUGUAUGCGACAAUAUAACCAGAAAAUGCUGCAAUUUGAAGCACUUUUUGAUGGUAUUGAUACCACUCAUGUGGGAUACGUGGACAUGAUCGAACCUGUUGGCAUCUCUGUGAUCUCGGUAUAUUAUCCCAGUCAAAUGAAAUCAUUCGUACACAACACUGAUGCUGAUGCUGAAAAAUGAAAAACAGGAUAUCGACGAUACCAUUAAAGUGACAGAUAUUCUCGGAGGAAAAGACGUGAUUCUUCAGAAUACCUUUUUCAGCAAAGCCAAAGAAGUACCAGGAAUGGCCGAAGUGUACCGUGCAUGGGCAGCCGAAAAGAUGCCUAUACACUACGUUUCCAAUUCGCCCUGGCAAGUAUACCCAGCCAUUAGUGAUUUCAUCGAACAGUAUCAAUUUCCCAAGGGUAGCAUGCACUUGCGUGUGAUCAGCACCACCGGAUUAAUACGAGGCAAACCUGGCCGACACAAAAUGGACGUGAUUACACAAAUUUUGGAGGACUUUCCAAUGCGCAAAUUCAUCUUGGUCGGAGACUCGGGAGAGAUUGAUCCUGAAAUCUAUCACGAUAUCUAUCACUUGUACCCUCAUCAAAUUAUCAAGAUAUUCAUCCAUGAUGUCAGCAGCGAGCGAGCCGUUCAAUUUGAUCGGCGUGUACGCAAACGAUCGGAUUCUUAUUACGAGAGUAUACGAAAGUUCAUCACUCGUGAUAACAAUGCACGCCGACGUACAGGCACGUCCACUCAAACUGCCAUGGAUGCCAUGGUCGACACUGAAGUGCCUCAAGAGCAGCAAAUGAUUAUGGAUGCCAAUGUGCCUUUACAGACAAAGUUGGAAGAAUUUGAGGCACGGAUGAAGCGCGUAUCAAGCAGCUUGCCCGACAAUGUCUUUUCCGUCUUCAAUUUGGCCUCUCAGUUACUGCUGGAUCCUGUGGUGGCAGAACAGGUGGCGGCAUACAAAGAGAAUGGCAUGAUGGAUUAAUUUAUUUUAUUUACACAAAGAAAAAAGAUCAGUCGUUCACCAUGGUUUUGCAAAACAACUUUAAGCGAAACGCAUCCGUUCCAUUUAGAUAAUACCGAU